AUGAGUAGUCCCGAUGCGGGUUACAGCAGCGACGAUCAGACGAGCCAGGCUGCAAGGUGCACGAUGUCAGUCAUGAUGCCUGGAGGAGGAAUGGGACGCUGCCAGUGGGGAGAUCCUCUCAGUCCUCUCGGAGACAGCAAAGUGAAGACCGAGCAAUGCGCCUCCGGAUCCGGAUCCGGCUCUGGCAACCAGAACCGCAACAACAAGACCGAGCCGCGGAUCCGACGGCCCAUGAACGCGUUCAUGGUCUGGGCGAAGGAUGAGCGCAAGAGGCUGGCGCAGCAAAACCCGGACCUGCACAACGCGGAGCUCAGCAAGAUGUUGGGGAAAUCGUGGAAAGCCCUUCCUGUUACAGAGAAGCAGCCCUUUGUGGAGGAGGCCGAGCGGCUGCGGGUUCAGCACAUGCAGGAUCACCCCAACUACAAGUACCGGCCCCGGCGGCGGAAGCAGGUGAAGAGGAUUAAGAGGCUGGACUCUGGCUUUCUGGUCCACGGCGUGUCCGACCACCAGGGCCAGUCCAUGCCCGUGGACGGUAUGGGCUACCACGAGCACGGCUACCAGCUCCCUCCGCAGCCGCUCAGCCACUACCGAGACGCUCAGGCUCUCGGGGGCCCCUCUUAUGAAACUUACAGCCUCCCCACGCCUGACACGUCUCCUCUGGACGCCGUGGAGUCAGACCUCAUGUUCUUCCCUCCACACUCACAAGAGGACUGCCACAUGAUGCCUGCGUACGCGUAUCACUCUCAGGCCGCAGAGUACCAGCCCCAGGACGCCCACUCCAACCACCACAGCAACCACGUCCUGCACCGACACCCGGCCUCGGCUCCAGAGCAGCAACCUCAGCCCCCUUCCUACAUGGGAUGCCCCAACCCCCUGGCCAUGUAUUACACCCAGCACUGUAGUCCCAGCCACCCCAAACGGCACCCCGGCGGGGCAGGACAGCUCUCCCCACCUCCUGACUCCCACCCUCACUCAGCAGACAGCGUGGAGCAGAUGCACCACUCCGAGCUGCUGUCUGAGGUGGACCGCAGCGAGUUCGAGCAGUAUUUGAGCUCCUCCUCAGCACGUGUGGACAUGACAGGCUUGCCGUACGGCGGGCCACACGAGGCCGGCAUGCAAGGACCCGAAAGCCUCAUAUCAUCGGUGCUGUCAGACGCCAGCACAGCUGUGUAUUACUGUAGCUACAACAACUCCUAACCUCCCGGCCGGCCUGUCACCCUGCUGCAAGGACACAUGAUCUGACCUCAAAUCUCUGUAGCUAAAUUUGAACAAUUUUUAUUUUUUUAAUUUUACUUUUCACUACUAAGCCCAUGAGAUUUUGAAAUGGAGAAGACUGUUGUACUGUAUCUGUGUAAGAAAAAAGCCAUAGAAUAUUUCAAACACUGGGUUUAACUUCCUCUCUUUGCAGGGACAUGAAUGCAUUUUGUGAUAAUAAAUAUUGUACAGUCACUAUUUUAAAAUGUAUGUAUAUACUGAAGGUGUUUUUUAUACUUUUUUUUUGCACUUUUGAGAAAUAAAUUUUGCAAAUAUACACA